CCCCGGGGGAGGCGGAGGGGUGAGGUGCGGGCCCCGGGGCCGCGAGUGAGGCGGUUCCUGUCGUCCCCAGCUGCACGUUCCCUACACGGAGCACUUCAGGCUGGAGCCGCUCCUGCGGUACCACCGCGUGAUCGCCUUGGAGGACUUCAUGGAGGAGCUGGCGCCCGUCCACUGGCCUCCUGGCAAGCGAGUGGCUUACUGCUUCGAAGCGGCGGCUCAGAGAAGCGCUGACAAAAGCACUUGUCCCAUGAAGGAUGGAAAUCCAUUUGGUCCCUUCUGGGAUCAGUUCCAAGUGAAUUUUGAUAAGUCUGAGCUCUUCAAGGGAAUCUCCUUCAGUUCUGCCUACAAGGACCAUUGGAUCCAAAGAUUUCCACCCUCUGAGCACCCUGUGCUCGCCUUACCUGGAGCUCCAGCCCAGUUCCCAGUCUUAGAGGAGCACCGACCCCUCCAUAAGUACAUCGUGUGGUCUGAUGAGAUGGUGAAGAAAGGAGAAGCCUACAUUCAUUCUCUGCUGGUCAGGCCCUACGUAGGAAUUCAUCUGAGGAUCGGCUCAGACUGGAAAAACGCCUGCAAUAUGUUGAAGGAUGGGACGGCCGGGCCACACUUCAUGGCUUCCCCUCAGUGCGUGGGCUACGACCGAAGCGCUGCGGUCCCUCUCACCAUGGAGAUGUGCCUGCCAGACCUCAGAGAGAUCAAACGCGCUCUCAAGCUCUGGGUGAAAAAGACAGAAGCUAAAUCUGUUUAUAUCGCUACUGAUUCUGAGCCCUACACGACGGAAAUACAGCAGUUCUUCCAAGGAAAGAUCAAGGUUGUCAGCUUGCAGCCAGAAGUGCCUCAGAUCGAUCUCUAUGUUCUCGGCCAGUCCGAUCACUUUAUCGGGAACUGUGUCUCCUCGUUUACUGCCUUUGUGAAAAGAGAGCGGGACGUGCAUGGAAAACCCUCUUCGUUUUUUGGCAUGGACCACCCACCGAGAUUGCGGGAUGAAUUCUGACCAAAGUUCUCAGGGCUCCGAGCUCGGUACCUGCCAGGGCACGGCUCGGGGCUGACGGCGUUCCCCUGCGUGCAGAGCGCGCUGCUGGGCUGUCGCAGCCCUCUCACUCCUCACAGUCAUUUCUAGACUGUUCUGUCUGACUUCUCCUGUAUUUCCAGCGUGAGGUCAGACAGAAAAGAAACUCUAAAUCAUGUAGUUUAUAGGAAACUAUAAACUAUGUAUAGUUUUUAAGAUGUAGUUGAUAUAGUUCUCCAUUCUCACUGUUUGGGGUUCACUAGCAAUCAUGAUGAAGCAGCUGCUCAAAUUUCUUUUUUUUUUUCCGUUAAAUUUAAAUUUUACAUGGAGAUGUGGUGAAGCUUCUUGCCCAAAAUUGACCAUAAGUUCUUUUUCAGUGCAGAGUAUUGUCAGGAGUGUCACAGUCCCUGGAAAGGGAGUGCAAGGUAAAACUCAGCUCUGGGUUUUAUCGAGAACCGCUGCUGCCUUACUAGAGCCACAUCACCUCAGUGCCUCGGUUUCCAUUCCCCCCCAAAAGAGUUUUCAUACCUGCUUUGGUGUCCUGCAGCAUCUGGGUCUCUUCAGCGGCGCUCAAGAAGCGCAGCAGGGGCAUGUUUUAGUGCAGCAGCUGCUUCUUCAGCCUCUUCGAACUGGGGAGAAGGUGUUUGCAGGGACACAGGCAGGAGAUCGUCUGUAGCCAGUCGAGAGUUGGAGAUGUAGGGCUUGUAGCUUUGUAGCUGUUGCUGUCAGGUGAAGGUCUGUGGUAGAAAUGAAACUGGUUUUGAGCUAAGACUUUUAAAGUAGCCGUAGUGGGGUUGGUGUACGUCUCACCUAGCUCUGUGGUAAUGGUUUCUGUCUUGUUUUGCACGUUGCAAAAUGAUCCCUCUGACAGCAGAACCCUUGUCAGGGGGCGGCAGUUCCCAGGGGAAGAUAAUUCUGGGAAGUGCUUGCUGAUGGUGAAACAGCCCCCAAACCCUUUGUUUGACCCAGUGCCGUUUAGUGCUGGGAACACUGAUAAUCCCGAUGGGGUGAGACUCAGCUUGACCAAUGCCUUUUGGUGCUCCUGUGACUGAUUUGUCCAAAGAUCAGGUACAGAAUUUACUGUUUUUUAAAAAUGAGGCUGAGGUGGGUCUGUGGGACUAGGGCUGGCUGCCUGUGGCACACUCUCGGAGCGUUUACAGGGGUUCGACUCUAAAUGUCUUGAUUUUUGGUGGUGGGUUUUCUCCUUGGAGAUGUUCCUGAGCUUUCAAGGAGUUUGAAGGCUCAAGGGAGUGAGCCAGAGAGGGCUAAAAUCAGAAGGUACCGCAAGUGUCAGGGCGGCAAAGGCUCCUCUCUCGUUUCCUCGGUGCUGGCUUCCAGAGAUUAGGGGAGUUGGUGGUUUCUGGGCGCCUGCCCGCGCUUUGCCCAGCUUAGGGAUCCUGGCUCAUGCCCUCAGGGCUGCCUCGUUAUGGGCAGGACAGCGUAUUAAGAUGAUUUUUUUUCCUUAAAAAAAAAAAAAAGGUAUUUUUUGUAAUAAUAAAAACCCGAUUUUGUAUU